GCAAUCCUUCCUGGGUUGGAAAGGGGCUUUCGAGAUUAAACUGACGUCUCGCGCCCUCUGCCCAAGUCUGAGAUUGAGGAACAUUCAUAGAGAUAUACUGCGACAUCAUGAUUGCAUUACAGCCCCCGAGGCACCACACUAGGAGCUCCGGUGACUCUUUUCAACGCUCGCGUCCAGCGUUUGAAAAGCUCUUCAUCGGACCAGUCAUGGUAUUUGGAGAAAUGAUCACCGGCGGUCAUUAUCUGGAAGUAUUGCGUGUUGGCAAACAGCUCGCUGUAGGACGAGAAGCCGCCCCUUCCUACGUUGCACUCCACCGCAACCUGGUCCACGAGUCGGGCUUUUUUGGCGCCUUCUACCGUGGAUUCAUGCCUUGGGGUCUCUUUCAGUGUUGCAAGGGUGUCCCUGUCUUGUUUGUUCAACACGAAUCCAUGCAUCACCUUCAAGCGACUGCGGGAUGGUCUUCGAAUUCGGCGGAAAAGGCCUCAGGCUUUUUGGGAGGGUUCGCACAAGCCCUCUUUGUGAACCCUUUACAAAAGAUCAAAGUCAGUGUGGUGGCGUGCCAAAACAUGAACGCCAUGCAUCCUACCCAAGCCUUCAAGACACUCAUUAAGCAAAACGGGGUCUUGUCUUUGUACGACGGAUUCGCUCCCAUGGCCCUGCGUCGCAGUUUAGACUGGGGCAUCCGAUUUGCCGUCACGUCUGAGGUUAAAAACUGGGUUAUUGCGCUUAAAGUACGCGAGGGGCAAUCCUCCGAGCUCAAUUUCUGGGAACUCAUCUGCUGCGGAAUGAUCGGCGGUGCUUUGAGUACCGCGACCCACCCCAUUGACAACAUUAUCACCAAUAGCAUGAAGCCCAUGCCGGUUGGUGUCCCGCGUGACUUUGUUUCGGUCACCCGCCGAAUGUACCGCGAAAGUGGCAUCAAGGGCUUCACCCGCGCUUGGGGCAUCAACAUGCUAGACAAUGCCUACCACAUGGCAUGGAUGUAUGGUGUUGGGACGGUCGCCUACGAAUGGAUGGGAAAGGCCCUACAGAGUCCACGCCACUGAGGAAAAGACAAUUGAUAUACUACAUUUGCUAUAUGAUUCAGAUCAAGCCAUCAACAAGAGAGUUGGAACCAUAGAUUGGAUAGAUUCGUGCUAGAACUACAUAUAUUUAAAACCAUAAACCGUGCGGAAACGUUAG